AUGGGCACCAAUCUCGCGGCCCCCAAUAUCACCACACGGAAACCAGGUUACCCGCCGCGUGGCUUUGCUCUAGGGUCGAGGGGGCUCUUUCAAGGCAUAGGCAAGCGGCAAGCAAGCCGCAAAACACCUCAUCCCCCCGUACUCUCCCAUUACUCACAGACGGCCGGCCACCGGAAUCCCGGUCCCGGCAUGAUUGCGACAGGGAACAUGGCAUCAGAAGUGCCCCAUCGUAGUGUCCGCCGUCUCAUACGAGGGGGUAGGCCGCAGCUGAAAGCCUGGCACAAAAAAAAACCACAGGAACCGAAGAACAUCCGCAAGGUGAAGGCUACGUAG